CUUUGAGCGAGUCCACUAUCCCUAGUUGGACCCAGAGAGCUUGCCUAGUUCCAUGCCAUGUCUGUCAGAUGCCACCCUCAAAUUCUCACUAUCUGCCGGGAAGCAAGUCAAAGCCUUAGCCUAAAUGACCAGCCUCCUACAUGCGGAAUCGAUAGACAUCCUGAUAUUAAAUGAUCCCAAGGACUGUAUUAGCACCACAUGAGAUAAACUCCGCAUCUGGAUUUUUUUCUUAUUCUAACUUUGUAAACAAAACGGUUCCGUUAUGCCUUGGAAAUGUGGACUCAUUAUUACGCUGUUCCUCUUCACUCUCCACGCCACUGCAAGUAAAGAGAGGAAUAAUCAGGGCUCUUUGCAGAGAGCUGUAAUCGGGACAGACACAGAAGCCAUCAAUUCUAUGCACUUGGUUGAACUUCUGAAAACGACCAAACAAAACUCUAAUGUCAGAACGAUAUUUGACCUGGAAAAGCAUCGGAGGAAGCGGUACGCACUCUUUCACUCUGGAGUGAGAGUCUGUCCUCAGGAGACCAUCAAUGAGGUCAUUGCCAGCCAUCAAGCCUACUACAGGCUCAGAGUUUGUCAGGAGGCUGUGUGGGAGGCCUUCCGGAUCUUCUUCGACAGGAUCCCUGUCACUACAGAGUACACAACAUGGGUUCACACAUGUCAGCACGAGUCUCUGUGUCUCGCUGACCUGGCCACUAACUUCAGCAACUCAGAGGAGCACAUGAGUAUGGUGUACAGGAGGAUGAAUCUGCGAGACGAGAGGCAGUCGACUGGAGCAGAAGCAGCUGCAACCACAGCAGCACCAGAGGUCACUGAGAUAGCAGGUCCAGAAGAGACCCAGACUGCUGCACCAGAACCACCCACUCCUGUGACCAGCGAUGCCAGUGUCCCUGAUGCUCCUGAGGAUACAGUCGAAGAAGAAGUAGAAGAAGAAACCACUGCUGAGGAGGUAAACGCCAUUGACAGUACCUUCAGAAACUCUGUCAAGUUGUUGCUAGACAGCCGUUUUCAAAUCUUGCCAACGGAAAAUAUUCAGACCCCUUGA